UCAAGGAAAAGGUGGAACAAUUCGAACAUUACGCUGGGGCGGGGGUCAACUGGGAUAAAUCAACAGUGAUGCUGCCGGAGAAUGCAGACAGAGACUGUUUUCAAGGGAUGAGGAUAGCUCCAGCAGAACAAGACGUCAAAUACCUGGGAAUAAUGUUGCCAGUAGCGCUGACUGAUGGCAAACAGAUGGAGGGUCUGUUGAUGGGGGCGAUUGGGAAAAUGAAUCACUGGGCAAAAGGGGCAGACCUGGGAAUAGUGGGGAAGGUAAUCAUUGCCAAUAAUGCGGUCUCCUCGACUUUGUGGUAUGCGGCCCCGCUGUCGAUACCAGAGAAGAGGGCAUGGAGGGAAUACAAAUUGGCAGUUCGUCGAUAUCUAUGGGAAAACGAUCAGAUGGGAGAAACUUAUCCAGUCUCGGAAAACGGGAGGUAUGGCGCUGCUGGACCUGCACAAGCAAGCCUGCGCGCUCCAAAUACGUACAAUGAUGUGCUUGAUGCGCCGUGGAAAGUCAUCACACUGUCCAGCAUGGCACAAACCCUGAAGGUGGAUCCGGCGGAUGUGGAGAGCAUUGCUGCAUCCACAACUCCGACAAAGACUGACAAGAGACACGAUGUGGACAAGGACUUUGGAGGAAUGAAAGAAGUCGGCCUUAACACAAGCGCAGCGGCCACAGGAAGGACAAGAAACCAUACGGGAGAGGGACUGGAGGAGGGACAGGAUAUGGAACAGGCAUACAUGAGCAUGACACAGAAUGGCCAAGUAGAAGGACUGGAGGAGGGAACAAAGAAUGACAAGGACACAUACGAUAAGGCGGAAGAGGGGCAACGACAGGCCAUGGGAGCAACACUGAAUUGCCAGGAAAAAGGAGGAGGGAUGGAACCAAAGGCACAGGAAGCCGAGGAAACAGGGUGGCCCAGGAAUGAGAAGGGAAGUGAAAACGAUGCAGACACACAACAGACAGUGGACUUGGAGCAGGCCGAAAUGGGAGAGUACACGGAUCUGAGGCUUCUUGUGGAUUUGGAGCAAGCCAAAAUGGGACAGACUCAAAUGGGGGCAUCACAGACCGGCCCAGCAGAUGUCGCCUUUUCGCAAGGACACAUGACGACAUCAGAGAGCCGAAACUGCUUGGAGGAUGUAGACUCUAUGUAGGUGAUGCUGGUAUUGAGGAUCAAUAGGCUGUAAACAAAUGUGUGGUGAAUAG